ACACAUCAUCCUAACACAGGACUCAAGAUGGCGUUGUUGCUUCUACUGGCGAUGCUGACAGUAUGUGCUGCUGUUCCUCAAGAUCUAUCAGGUAAAAUGUUCACCUUCCCACAACAAACCAACACAGCUCAUGUGAGGCUGACUACAACAAGACAGAAUUUGAGGGCAGUAACCGUCUGUCUCAGGUCCAUCACAGACCUCCGUAGAACACACAGCCUUUUCUCUUUGGCCACACCCUCUGCUUUCAAUGACUUCCUGAUUUUCAAGACUGCUCCAAGCGAUGAGUUUCAUCUCUAUGUCAGGGAUAAAUCUGUACCUUUUGUAGGUAACGACUACAAAAUAAACACAUGGCACUCAGUUUGUUCAACAUGGGACUCAACAUCUGGAGUGGUGCAACUGUGGUUAGAUGGAAAGCCCUCAAUUAGGAAAUUCGUCUCCUCUGGAUCCAACAUCAACGGGCCCAUUAUAAUUGUUUUAGGACAGGUACAGUUUUUCUGCACUAUCUAUACAAGGAAUGGUUUGACAUUAUGGGAAACACAUUAGCCUUUAUGCAGAGAGUUAGAUAAGAAGAUCAAUACCAGUUACUGUAAAUGUGUAGCUAGAGUCAGCAGAUAUUAGCUUACCUUAGCA